AUGUUCUGGCAGGGCUUAUUGCUGCUGCUCGCGCAAAAUGCCGUCGCUUGGCAUUCGAACGAUGAUAUGAUGUCCUUCGUUACCCUCCCGGAUGUCAAGGCUCUCAAAUUCGAUAUAAACUACGAGCAUCGCGAUCGUGUCAGCCCGGGAUACUGGUUUGUCUCGCCUUAUCUACACAUCGCGCCCGACGAACCCACCAGCCUCUACGAACAAUACCAAACUGGCCCGCACAUAUACGACCAGGAUGGGCGCCUCGUCUGGACCGGAGCACCGAUGUUUGACAACCGCAACGUCUUUGAUUUCAAAGCCGUUACCCUGAAUAACGAGACAUAUAUGUCUCUCAUCUUGCAAUAUAGUUACGAUGGGAGCGAACGAGGAUUUGGCAUGAUCCUUGACCCGAACUACCAGGUCUACCGAAAACUUCCCUUGAGGGAAGACCUGGGGUCCUUCGACAUCCACGAAUUCAAUGUUCUUGAUAACGGCCAAUCCGCGCUGGUUACGGUCUAUCUGUCCGAAGAAAUUACCCUGGAAGCCUUUGGUCGCCCCGAGGAAAAGACCUGGUUAGAGUAUGGUGGAUUCGCAGAGCUUGAUAUUAACAAUGCGGAUAUUCUCUACCACUGGAACUCGUUUGCCGAAGUUCCACUAUGGGAAACUGUCCAUUAUCAUCCCGCUUCUCAAGUGGAAGGGGCCCCCGGUUGGGACUAUGUGCACAUCAACGCAGCGGAUAAGAACGACAAUGGUGACUACCUGGUUUCCAUGCGCUUCACGAACACCAUUUACCUCAUCUCGGGUCAGACUGGGACCAUCAUGUGGCGCCUGGGAGGACAGGGAAACAGUGACUUCGUUCAGGAUUUCACCUUUUCUAAACAACACGACGCCAAAUUCAUUGAGUCAUCGGGAACACGACACGUGAUAUCAUUGUUAAACAAUGCCUCUGAUGAGGAAUUUGCCGAGGAAGAAAUCUCGUCAGCUUUGAUCAUAGAAUUGGAAACUGGCACAACUCCAAUGACCGCUCGCGUCCUCAAUCGCUACAAUCGUCCCGAUAAGGACCUCACUCGCCUUCGGGGCAAUGCUCAGCAAUUGCCCAAUAAGAACAUGUUCGUAUGUUGGAGUCAAGGCGGGUACAUCUCGGAAUUUUCCCCCGAGGGAGAAGUUUUGAUGAGCGCCAGUUUCACAUCGCCGCGCUUUUCGAACUACCGCGCCUAUAAGUUCGAGUUCACUGGCCGCCCGACUACUCCUCCAGACCUUGUUGCUUCUGUGUUUGGCAGUGAUGAGACGAACCUCGUCACCACUGUGCACGUUAGUUGGAAUGGUGCCACAGAUGUGGCCUCGUGGAACUUCUACGCCCAGGCGUCCGAAUUUGAAGCCCCGGUCUUCAUCGGCAAUGUCUCCAAGUUCGAUUUCGAAUCGAUGUUCAUUGCCAAAGGAUAUAUGGAUUGGUUGUCUGUCGAAGCUGUGCAUCACGAUGGCCACGUCAUGGGCACCUCAAAGGUGCACCGAACCAAGUUCCCUGAUUGGAAGGCUUCUGGAUACUUAGGCUACUCCGGGAUUCCGAAACCCCAGGAUCCGUCCAAGUUCACAUCCGCUGAAGGUCGUGCAUCCGACCAGGUGAGUGACCCGAGCCGUGAUUCGUCACUGGAUGACACGGCAGACGCGGAGGUCCGAAAGGCAGCACAAAUGCUUUCCAUUUCCUAUGAGAAAAUUCGCAGGAUUGGGGGUAUCUUCGCACUUAUCCUACUUCUGGUAGUGAUGUCUGGCAUCAUGGCAGGCUAUUUACUUAUUCGUGGCUGGCGGGUCCGGCUUUACCACCGCGUUCCAUUAGAAGAAGGUCCACCCGAAGAGGAGCAGCAUCUCAGACCUGAGAUGACCGAGUAA